AUGAGAUGGGGCAAUGACACAUCACUGAAUGAAUUCAUCCUGGUUGGAUUCUCCCUGCGCCCACAGCUACGCUACGUCUUAUUUGCAACUUUUUUCCUCAUUUACAUGUUCAUAUUGAUUGCCAACAUGCUCAUCAUGAUGGCUAUCCGGCUAGACAAUGCCCUGCACACCCCCAUGUACUUCUUUCUGUUCAUCCUCUCCAUCUCUGAGACCUGCUACACCUUUGUCAUCAUCCCCAACAUGCUGGCAACGCUGCUGUCCGGGGGGAAACCCAUCUCCUUGGUGGGCUGUGCGCUGCAGAUGUACUUCUUCAUGUCCUUGGCAGAAACCAACUGUGGCCUGCUGGCAGUGAUGGGCUAUGAUCGGUACAUGGCCAUCUGCCACCCCCUGCACUACACAGUGCUAAUGAACCCACGUGUCUGUGCCCAGCUGGUAUCCGUCUGCUUCUUCAGUAGCUUCCUGUUCUCAGUGGUAACAGUUUACCUGAUAUUCCAGCUGCCAUACUGUGGUCCCAACAGGAUUGACCACUUCUUCUGUGACAGUGCCCCAGUGCUCCAGCUGGCCUGCACUGAUAGCAGCAUCCCAGAAAGCAUUGUGUUCCUUGCUGCCAUCUGCUUCAUUGUCACGGCCCUGCUACUGAUCCUGAUCUCCUACAUCUUUAUCAUCAAUGCCAUCCUCAAGAUCUCCUCAGCCCAGGGUCAGCGCAAGGCCUUCUCCACCUGUGCCGCCCACUUGACUGUGGUGGUUGUGCACUAUGGCUGUGCUGCCAUCAUCUACCUGAGGCCCAAGUCUGCCCGUUCACUGGAGCAGGACAAGCUCAUUACUGUGUCCUACACCGUUUUCACCCCACUGCUCAACCCUAUGAUGUACAGCCUGAGAAACAAGGAAAUGAGAUUGGCUCUUCAGAGAACAAUGACCAGGAUGUUCUGUCCCCAGGAAGCAUAA